AUGGGUUUCCUUUUGUAUGCUAGUGUAUAUAACCAACCACCAACGUCUUCGACGCCUUCUGCCCACGCGCCACCAUGGCUGCUGAAUCUUCUUCUUCUUCUACCUAUCCUUCUCCCUUUUCUCCCUCUCUUGCAAAUUCUAAUAUCAAACAAAAGCAUCCCUAUUACCCUUGACAUUGAGAAUGUGCAAUACUCCACGUGGGCGGAGUUAUUCAAAAUUCAUGCUCGUUCUAAUCGUGUGAUUCAUCACAUUAUUCCGUCAACCACGGUUCCCGGACCAUCUACGGAUGCUGAACAGGAGGAGUGGUCCACCAUUGAUGCAACAGUUUUGAAAUGGAUUUACGGGACCAUUUCUGCGGACCUCCUCAACACUAUCCUCGAGCCCGAUUCCACGGCAUUACAAGCGUGGGAACGUCUCCGGGAUAUUUUUCUGGAUAAUAAAUCUUCCCGUGCCGUUACUCUUGAACAGGAAUUUUCUAACACUGUCAUGGAAGAUUUCCCGACGGCUUCCUCGUAUUGCCAACGUUUGAAAAUGUUGGCUGACCAACUGAAAAAUGUGGGUGCUCCGGUAUCAAAUAAUCGUCUUGUUUUACAGCUUGUAGCGGGUCUUACGGAGGCCUAUAAUGGUGUUGGCACUCUCCUCCGUCAAAGUGAUCCCCUUCCUCCAUUUUAUCAAGCAAGAUCCAUGUUGGUUCUUGAGGAGGCGGGGUUAGCUAAAAAGGCGACAAUUGGCUCUUCUUCCUCGGCACUUUUGGCCGACACAAAUCGUGGUUCCGACUCGCCACCUAAGGCUCACGGCACACCCAGUGGAAAAACGGGUCAAAAACGCUCUUCUCACAAAGGCCGAAAUUCCGGCGGUGGUGGUAAGGGUGGCAGUGGCGGUGGUCGGGGUGGUCGGCAGCACGGGGGUGGUGGAGGCCGUCCUCCCUCACAGCAACAGCAGUAG